CUCAUAGGGAAGGGGUGAGUCUGUAGAUAUGAUUCCUACAGGGGAGAUGUGCGUUUUUUUUGUGAUAUAAUCAGCUGUCGUCCCUGGAUGAUUUCAAUCUAAGCCAAUAAACCAAACAUGAAGAUCGUAAAACAGAUCAGCCCGCUAUACGGCUUGCUAGCCGUCCUCGUGGUUUGUGGGACACUUCUCGACCAAGGCGAGUGCGUCAUAAAUGUGAUCACGCGCGGUUUGGUCCGUAAGCCACAGACUGAGAAGAAACGAGUUAUGGCAGCGCCUCCGCUAGCCGUCAAGGUCCGGCGGCACUACGAUGUCAAAACGAAACAAACCCUGGUCCAGCAAUGGCUAAAGCGGGUAUUGCGAAAUAGAAGCCACCCCCGCUCUCUCCUCCAUAAACGUCUUAAGGAAGGCGGCCUCCGGUCGAAAACUUAUCAUAAAAAGCAACAGCACAAUCCCUACUCCCCAACCUACGACCACACCAAUAUAACCGGCUACUAGAGAGGGACAGAGCACACCAAUAUACCCGGCUUCUCGAGAGGUACAGACCACACCAAUUUAACCGGCUACUAGAGAUAGACCACACCAAUAUAACCGGCUACUAGAGAGGGACAGACCACACCAAUAUACCCGGCUUCUCGAGAGGUACAGACCACACCAAUUUAACCGGCUACUAGAGAUAGACCACACCAAUAUAACCGUCUACUAGAGAGGGACAGACCACACCAAUAUAACCAGCUACUAGAGAGGGACAAAACAACCAUUAGUAUAUACUUGGCGGGAACUUCAUAAGAACGCGCGCUCUGAUUGGUUCGCUAUCUCGGAAUAAUGGGACAGUAUUCACCGCUAAAACUCGGAAUAAUUAUUUAUUGUGAAAUUACCAUGAAAAACUUGCUUUUAGCACCCGAAAUUAUCGAGCUUCACAUUAAAACGGCAUUUUUGCUAAAACUUAUUUAGAUUUAUUGUCCUUUACUGAAAAUCGGCUUCAAACUUCCCGUUCAGAGUGAGCAAAAUCUUUUAAAAAGUACGAACAUCAACAACUCUCAGAAGCGAUACCUCGUUUCGCGCGACCAUUAUUAAAGGUAAGCAAUUUCGAUAAAAUAAUUACAGCAAAAUGUGUCUUGUUCUAUCCCCGCCAAGUAUAUUCUAAAAUAAUUAUUCUCCUCGGGCUUAGUGAACAGCGGUGGAUAGUCACCUCGCCGCUUCGCGUUUCAGGGAAUAUCCACCGCUAUUCACUUCACCUUCGGCGAAUAAUUGUUAAUUAUUACCAUGGACUGCGAAGGUGAUGACCAAGUAAAACCUGGAUAAGUCAACCAAGAAAAAGCUAUAAAUAAUGGACUACACUUGUGAUGACCAAGUAGAGCCUGGAUAAGUCAACCAAGAUAAAGCUAUAAUUUAUGGAUUACAUCAAUGAUGACCAAGUAGAACCUGGAUAAGUCAACCAAGAUAAAGCUAUAAUUUAUGGAUUACAUCAAUGAUGACCAAGUAGAACCUGGAUAAGUCAACCAAGAUAAAGCUAUAAUUUAUGGAUUACAUCAAUAAUGACCAAGUAGAGCCUGGAUAAGUCAACCAAGAUAAAGCUAUAAUUUAUGGAUUACAUCAAUGAUGACCAAGUAGAACCUGGAUAAGUCAACCAAGAUAAAGCUAUAAUUUAUGGAUUACAUCAAUAAUGACCAAGUAGAACCUGGAUAAGUCAACCAAGAUAAAGCUAUAAUUUAUGGAUUACAUCAAUGAUGACCAAGUAGAACCUGGAUAAGUCAACCAAGAUAAAGCUAUAAUUUAUGAAUUACAUCAAUGAUGACCAAGUAGAACCUGGAUAAGUCAACCAAGAUAAUGCUAUAAUUUAUUGAUUACAUCAAUGAUAACCAAGUAGAACCUGGAUAAGUCAACCAAGAUAAAGCUAUAAUUUAUGAAUUACAUCAAUGAUCACCAAGUAGAACCUGGAUAAGUCAACCAAGAUAAGGCUAUAAUUUAUGGAUUACAUCAAUGAUGACCAAGUAGAACCUUGAUACGUCAACCGGGAUAAAGCUAUAUAUAAAGCGAAAACAGCUUUCGUGAAACCUUCCUCCUUUAGUGAAACCUUUGGUAUCCAUAAUGAUUUUGUAAUGAUAAGUGAAGUGCUAAAAGCUUCAUUUAGAAUAAGGACAAAGCAGUCAUUCCCACCAGGAGAAUGAUUGAAAAGCAGUUGUCAUGACAACAGAUGCACAUUUGUGUUUGUGAGACACUGCCCAUCAGCAAGACAAGCAGAACAGGAUUUGAAUCCUUCUUUAUACCUAAUUAGAACAGUGUAGCAAAAGCUGUGUCGAAAGAUGUAAAGAUACUAUGUGUGAUAAUUGCGUCAUCCAUAUAAGGUAAACAUGAAAUAGAUGAAGCCAGGAAGCCUGAUCAUUUGGUAUCUGACAUAGCUGUUAGUGGUUUUUUAUGCUUGAUAGUUUUCGUGGUUUGCUGUUUACGACUAGGCUUUGUUUAUGGACCAAAUUUUGGUUGCUCGAUAGUUUUGUUCUGGAGGAUUUGUGUACAGGCCGUCAGACAUCAAAUGGUGAGGCUAGAAUUAACGAAGGGAAUGUAAUGAAAAGAUUUCCUGAUUGAAAAAAAAUACUUAAACAUGAACAGUCAAAGUAGUUACAAGAUAAUAGAUGUUGUAAAGAGCUUUGGAACUGAGAAGCGACGAGAUUAAAUUCAUAGGUGCGUAUA